CAAGCACUUGCAUGUAAAAUCUUGUUUAUUGCAUGCGCAAUGCACAUAGAUGUUGGGUGUAACAUAGAAAAGUAUAAGAUAAUUCAUUUAAAUCAGAUAAACGAGUGUGUGGAAAUCACAAAAAUAAAGUUUAAAUUUCAAAUGGAUAAAUGAUCAAGAACACUUGACAAAUCUGAGAUUUUUUUUAUCUCAGAGGACGUAUAGUGUUGAUAAAAAAUCAUUGAAUUUGCAUUAAUUUGCAUUGUAUUUCAUUGCAUUGCAUUGUGAAACAUCAGUAGAAAAAUUUCUGACAACUCGACUCUCUACAACAAAAUAAUCAUAAAAAAUGUUCAAUCGGCGGACGAUUUAUUUUGGAAAUGGAAACAAAUACCAUCAAGUACAACCGUUGGGAGUAUCACAAAAAGGUUGUGCAUCAUUCAAGGCUCAAUCCGACGAGGGAAUAGAUGUUUUUAUAACAACUUGGGAAAUUGAUCUUGAGUCGAUUGACGGAAAGUGUCUGAUUACUUGCAAGCAAAUAUCCAGAGAAAAUGAUUGCCAUCAACAUGAUGACGAUAUCGUGGAAGUAUUCGAAAGCAGAGCCGAAUACAUCAUCAAAAAUGUUAAGCAUUCUUAUCUGGUGCGAUAUUUGGAUGUAAACUGCGAAAUAUUGGAUGGAAAUUUGAUUGUGCACUUGGUGCAAGAGUACAUUGAAGGAGUCAGCGUGAAAGAUUUGUACGAACAAGGCAUUUUGCCCAGUCUUGCUCCAAUCGCCGAACGGCUAUUGAAAGCCAUUUCAUAUUUGCAUAGCAUGGAUCCGAAGAUAACACACGGCUACAUAAACGAUGCGUCUAUAUUUCUGGGCAAGUCAGCCGUCUAUCGUGUGGCAGAUUAUCACUUGGUGCCGUAUCUUAUGUACUUACAAGACACAUAUUCGAUGCCCGUGACAACUGACUUCCAAGCAUUGGGAUCGUUGGUAGCGUCGAAAAAUAAAAUCGUUCAAUAUUUUGCAAAUGACUUCGUUGAACAAUGCCAUUUAACACAGUCAACAUGCUGGGACCUUUUAAGCCAUGAGUUUUUGUCAAAUGCUCAUAUCGGAGAGUCAAAUACAAUUUACAACGGUCCCUUUCUCAAUCAUUUCGAAAUCGAGGAAACACUGGGUAGUGGAUCAUAUGGAAGUGUUAUCAAAGCAAAGCCUCCAAAUGGCCGCGAAUCGUUUGCAUUGAAGUUAAUCGAACUGCCGAGUGGAAGUAAAGGGCAAUAUGGAAGAGUGAAACGUGAAGUGGAGCUAAUCUCACAAAUCGACCAUGAAAAUGUAGUGAAAUAUAUCACCAGCUGGGAACAAAGCGUCAACGUAACGGAAUUGGGACUGAAUCAAGAGGAAUCGGAUUCAUCUUCUUCGGAUGAUGAAGCCAAGGUGACAAGUCCGAAGUUCUUGGAUAUGAUUAUCAUCCAGAUGGAAUUAUGUUCAAUGGAUCUUCGAACGGCAAUGGAAGAAUGCAAGAAUCAAAACAUUCAAAUAAAUCUUCUUUGGUAUCAGGAUAUAGCUUGUGGCUUGGCACAUCUCCAUCAAAAGCAAAUUAUCCAUCGCGACUUGAAGCCGGAGAAUGUUUUAUUAGAUUCUCAUGGUCGUGUCAAAAUUGGAGAUUUUGGCCUAGCUACUACGAUGGAUUCGGUUUUGAAACAACAGCAAAGAGCCAUUUCAUCGACUGAUAAAACACGGAGCUCACAAACCGGAUAUGUUGGUACAUCGUAUUAUGUUGCCCCUGAACUAAGUGAAAUAGCUAAAAAUUCGACCUAUGGCAAAGAAGCGGAUAUCUACUCACUUGGGAUGAUUUUCUUCGAAAUGCGCCACCCACAAUUUGCAACCGGUAUGGAACGCGAUAAAGUUCUAAAGGACGCAAGGGAUAAAAUAUAUCCAAAUUUUAUGGAUGGAUCGAAAGAUAAUCUGGCUCAAAUGAUUAAAGAAGCGCUUGCGCAUGAACCAGAGGGUCGUCCAACUGCGGAAAACAUUAUGCUUGGUUUCGAUAUGCAAACCUAUUUGAAAGACGAAGGAUUUGAAGAGCAGAUUUACUUUUUACCCCAAGAGUAUUAUUUGAACAAGAUAAUUUAAUAUGAAAUGUGUAUUUGAAAGCCGUUUUUUUGUAUUUCACAAUUGUAGAAAAAUUGUAUUGGUUCUAUUUUACAAAGUGUUCUUCUUUCAAUGUAAUUAGUUAGGUAGAAUUUGAUGACAGCUACGAACAUUUUAUUUCUUCAUAACAGGCAACUGAUUUUCAUACAAUAUUGCAUCGACUCUUGGCUUUUGUUCUUCUUAGUCCAUACUGCAUUGAAAAAUGAAAAAAAAAAAUUGUAAUAAUAUUUGAUAUUGAGCAAAAAUAAACGAAAAAACUUACAAUGUCAA